AUGAACGAAAAAAGUCUUAAAAAGUUUAAUAUUAUAGUAAUAGGUGGCGGUCAUGCCGGCAUUGAAGCUGCCUUAAUUAGUUCGCGGUUAGGUCAUAAAGUCGCUUUAAUUACUCUCAAUAAAAACAAAAUUGGUUUAAUGCCUUGUAAUCCUUCCGUGGGCGGGGCUGCCAAAGGAAUAGUAGUGCGGGAGAUUGAUGCACUGGGUGGAGAAAUGGGAAAAGCUGCCGAUGCUACUGCCUUACAGUUUAAAUUAUUAAAUACUUCAGGCGGACCAGCUAUUCAGGCUUUACGAGUACAAUCGGACAAAGUUGCUUAUGCUCGUUACAUGCAAAAAGUAGUAAGCGAGCAAGAAAAUUUAACUAUUAUCGAAGGGACAGUGGAAGACUUGCUGAUUAGGGAAGGAAAAAUAGCAGGGGUGAAAUUAAACAGCGGAGAAAUUAUUGACUCCCCAUUAGUAAUUUUAACUACUGGCACUUAUUUACAGCCAAUUACUUAUCAGGGAAAAAUCAACCAAAUUGAAGGACCGGAUGGUGAAAAAAAAGUAGUUAAUAAUAUUUCCCAACGAUUACAAGAAUUAGGCUUUAAACUAAAACGCUUCAAAACCGGAACUAGCCCGCGUAUUUUAACCAACACUAUUAAUUUUUCUAAUUUGAAAAUAGAACCAGGCACUAAUUUACCUUUGAAAUUUUCCGCCCGAAGCAAGCAAGCAGAUUUAUUGCCUUAUGAAAAGCAAUUGCCUUGUUAUCUGCUCCAUACUAAUGAAAAAACUCACCAAAUUAUUCGGAAAAAUUUUCAUUUGUCUCCUAUGUUUUACAAGCAAGAUAUCGGCACUGGACCGCGUUAUUGUCCGAGUAUUGAAGAUAAAAUUUUCCGUUUCGCCGACAAAGAAAAACAUCAGAUAUUUUUGGAACCCGAAUCACAAGAGUUAGAUACUACUUACAUUCAAGGACUAUCAACUUCUUUACCCAAGGAAAUUCAAGCCGAAAUCUUAAAAACUUUACCAGGACUAGAAACAGCCCAAGUGAAAAAAUGGGGUUAUGCUAUUGAAUAUGAUGUCAUAGAUUCAACUCAGUUAAAAAUUAGCCUAGAAACUAAAUUAAUUGUCGGCCUCUUUACUGCGGGACAAAUUAAUGGCACUACCGGCUACGAAGAAGCGGCCGCCCAAGGACUAAUGGCCGGAAUAAACGCUAGUCAAAAAUUAAAGAAUCAAGAACCGCUCGUGCUGAAAAGAAACCAAGCCUAUAUUGGAGUGUUAAUAGAAGACUUGGUAACCAAGGAAAUUACUGACCCUUAUCGGCUUUUAACUUCCCGGGCAGAAUAUCGCUUACUAUUAAGACAUGAUAACGUCUAUACUCCAAUAAUUAACCAAAAACUGCAAAAAAUAGCGUUUAAAAUUGAUGACGACCUAAUCCAAAAUUUACCCAAAUUAGUAGCUGCCGAAGAACAACGAGAAAUAGAAGUUAAUGUUAAGUAUGAAGGCUAUAUUAAACGCCAAUUAAAAGAAGCCAGAGAAUUAAAUAAAUACGAACAAAAAAAAAUACCGAAGGAUAUUGAUUAUUUUCAAGUCGAUAAUUUGGCUCAAGAAGCUCAAGAAAAAUUAACCAAAAUAAAACCACUUACCUUAGGACAAGCCAAGCGGAUAGCGGGGAAAACACUUCCAAGACCGAGAAAAAGACCUAUAGAUUUACCCCAAGCCAAAGAACAAGAAUUAGGAACUCGCAAAAACGAACAAGAUAAAGAAGUUUGUAAUUGGUUAUUACAUUAUCUCUUUACUUUUCACCAGUAUAAUAGUAAAAGAAAAAUACAUAAUUUUAAUGAUGCUAAAAAAAUUCAACGUUAUGACUAUGGACACCAAUACCGUUCUGAGGAAUUACAAAAAAGUCUUAUUAUUAAUUUAUGUGAUAAUUUAAGGACUUUUAAGGACACACUUGAUAAACGUUUGGGAGAAAUCCGAGGGGAAAUGGCAGCUAAUUUCCAAGAAAUAUCUCAAUUGCGUGGAGAUGUAGCCGGAGUAAAAGCCGAAAUUAAACAAGCCGAACAAGAUAUUAUUAAUUUGCGAAAUAGCAUUAAUACUACUAUUGAAAAUAUGAAUAACAGCAACAUAAAUUUCAAUAAUGGACUAAGUAGUUUACAAAAUCAAAUAAAGGCGUUGUCAGAAAUUAGUGCUCAAGUAAGUAGUUCAAGUAGUAGUCUUCAAAGUAAGAUUAACACUCAUUUAACUCGAAUCCGUGACUAUUUAAAUGGUGGAGGCAGUGAUAUGAACACGAUAAGAGAUAUGUUUAAUGAAAUGAUUAGAGAUAUUUAG